GCUACUGGCAGGAAGGAUGCACUCAUUUGCUCAGUGUCCCAUGGUUGUGAGACCAGGGAACAUCCAGAUCCAUGCUGUUUCCAGCUGGGACAGCUUGCAGACAUGGUUUCACUCUACCAGGCUACUUAUGUCUCGGAGAUUUGGUUAUUUUAUGAUUACACCUCCUUGUACCAGUUUGAGCGGACCACCGAUGCACAAGAGCAGAGCUUCCAGCGAGCCAUGGACAACAUGCACGUCAUGUAUUCGCAUGACUUUAGCCUGACUCUACGUAUCGAGGGCCUUACGCCGGAGCCGAUUUGGAAGGCCAUGUUGCAGGAUGAGACCCAGAAGAUCCCCGUGUAUCAUGAAGCCAGCAAAUCGAUCCAAGCUCUGCCCUUGAAAGACCUGAUGGAGAACCGCACGCAGUAUCGUGGCCGCGGGUGGUGUAAAGCCGAAGUGGAAUGGUCCUCCGCACGCGGCAUCCAUGCGCAAAAUCAACGGAUCGAUGGUUCCGAUCAGGCCGAGGGCGAACUGGCGGGGCGCGUGCCCUUGACACCAGAGGCCUUCGCGGAGGAGAUGCGACGAGCCGAUUUCACGCACCGGAAUGAUGAGGGAGCUGUCAUCCUGCUUCAGAAGAAGAUCUUCUUUGAAAAGGUUACCCGAUGUCCUGAAGUGAUCUUGCAGCAAUUGCGAGAAGCGGAAGUGGAGCAGUUGGUCAAGUCCCUACAACACUAUCAGGAGCUCCGGUCCUUUCAGCUGAAUUACUUCCAAGGCACUCCCGCUUUGGCCCAACGGUUGGUCGAGGAGCUGCUGAAGCCGGACACCAAACUGGAAGAGCUUCGGAUCACCUACGCCGAUGGUCGCUACGGUGGAUGGAAAGGCAGCAUGCCGGGCACUGGGAAUGCCUUGGCCGAGGCGUUGGGUGCCAAGCUGCCGGUGAAUUCCACUCUGAAGAAGAUCGAGUUGUCCUACAAUGACAUCACGACCCAAGGUGCCGAGGCCUUGCUGGCUGGGCUCCGGCAGAACAAGCACAUCACCGAGAUGGAUGUGGAUUAUGGCAACGAUAUCACCGAGAAGGUCCGCAAGGGAAUCCAGAAGGUGUUGACGGCGAAUGGAGCACCUGGAGAGACCACCUUCACGCGCUUCUGGAACAUCUUCCCCAAGGUCGGCCGUGUCGCCGCGCCCAGACCCGACGCCAAGGGCCCGAGCGCCUUUCCCUCGCCCCGGAUCAAGGUGCAGCACGAAUCGCAGAACUACCUCACGCGGAACAUGUCCGUGACUUGGCUCUUCCUCGGCUUCCUCCACCUGGGCGACGCAGAAGCUCAGGCGCUGGCGGCGAUGCUGCGGGAGAACCGGAGCCUCACGUGGAUGAACCUCUGCAACAACCGCAUCGGGGAGACCGGUGCACAGGCUCUCCUGGACAGUUUGCGAGAAAACCGCCAGAUCGUGUACCUGAAUUUGGAUGCAAAUCGCCAAAUCAGCGCAGAGGUCCUGAAGGAGAUUCAGGAGAUUGUGGCAAGCAACAAGGCAGUGCAAGAAGCAAAUACAAAACAAGAGGCUUCUGAGCCAUUGCUGAUUGAACGCGUUUGACGACAUUAUCGACUGAAGCCUGAAACCGAAGGCACAAAGACCUUUAAUGGCUUCUGGCUUCAGCUAUUGCAGCCAUUGUGCUUUGACGUGACAGGGAUCAACCCUGAUACAUCGCGAGAAGCACCAAUUCGAAGGAGUCGCAGAGUCCUUGCUGCACCAGUCAGACUGCCAGCCAAGAAAGACCGCCAGACCUGCAGCCGGACCUUCAGUGCUAGUGAAGUUUGGUAGAGAAUCAAUUAGUCAAGAGAUGUCAAGAGUAUGG